AUGGGGUUAUUCAGAGCCCUUGCUUCCCUCUUAGUCCUACACCUGCUGCAGGGCUCCAACGCUUCCCUAGUGCAGCUGAAUGGCAAUGGCUAUGAAGACAUCAUUAUUGCUAUAGACCCUGCUGUUCCAGAAGAUGGAGAGAUAAUUGAACAAAUAAAGGCUAUGGUGACCACAGCAUCUAAUUACCUGUUUGAAGCCACAGAAAAGAGAUUUUUUUUCAAAAAUGUAUCUGUAUUGAUUCCUGACACUUGGGAGGGAAAACCUCAAUACAGGAGGCCAAGAUAUGAGAGCUACACACAGGCUGAUGUUAUAGUUGCACCACCGACCCUCCAGGGCAAAGAUGAACCUUAUACCAGGCAGUUCACAGAAUGUGGAGAAAAAGCAGAAUAUAUUCAUUUCACUCCUGACUUUGUACGAGGAAAAAAACAAGAUGAAUAUGGGCCAUUAGGGAGGCUGUUUGUCCAUGAGUGGGCCCAUCUCCGCUGGGGAGUGUUUGAUGAAUACAAUGAAGAUGAGCCUUUCUACAGCGCCAAGUCAAAGAAAAUUGAAGCCACAAGGUGUUCCACAGGCAUCUCUGGGACAAACAGUGUUUAUACCUGUCAAGGAGGUAGCUGUGUGACUAAAAGAUGCAGAAUAGAUUCUGCCACAAAAUUGUAUGAAAAAGAUUGUCAGUUCUUCCCUGAUAAAGUUCAAAUAGAAAAAGCUUCCAUAAUGUUUAUGCAAAGCAUUGAUUCUGUUGUUGAAUUCUGCAAUGAAAAAAACCAUAACCGAGAAGCUCCAAGUCUGCAAAACCUAAAGUGCAAUUACAGAAGUACCUGGGAAGUGAUCAGCAAUUCUGAGGACUUUAAAUCCACCACACCAAUGGUGGCACCACCUCCUCCACCUGCCUUCUCAUUGCUGAGGAUCAGUGAAAGAAUUGUGUGCCUCGUUCUUGAUAAGUCUGGAAGCAUGGGUGCUGAAGAGCGACUUAAGCGAAUGAAUCAAGCAGCAAAACACUUCCUGCUGCACACUGUGGAAAAUGGUUCCUGGGUAGGAAUGGUUCAAUUUGAUAGUAGGCCAAACAUUAACAGUGAGUUAAUACAAGUAAGAAGCAACAGCGAAAGAGACACCCUGGUGAAGAGCUUGCCUACACAAGCUGGUGGAGGAACUAUUAUCUGUGAAGGGCUUAGAUCUGCAUUUCAGGUGAUUAGAAGCAAAGACUUCCAAUUAGAUGGGUCUGAAAUAGUGCUGCUGACUGAUGGGGAAGACAAUACAGUAGGAAAUUGUAAGAAUGAAGUGAAAGAAAGCGGGGCCAUCAUUCAUUUCAUUGCUCUGGGACCAUCUGCUGAUAAAGCAGUAAAUGAGAUGCAGAAUACAACAGGAGGAAAAUAUUUUUACGCUUCAGAUAAAGCCGAAAACAAUGGCCUUAUUGAUGCUUUUGCAGCCCUUACAUCAGAAAAUGCUGAUCCCAGACAGAAGUCCCUUCAGCUUGAAAGUAAGGGACUAACCUUGAACAGUGAUGCCUGGAUGAAUGGCACUGUGGUAAUUGAUAGCACUGUGGGGAAGGACACGUUCUUUCUCAUCACGUGGAACAAACAGCCUCCCAGUAUUUCCCUCUGGGCUCCCAAUGGAACACUGACAGAACCUUUCACACUGGACUCUAAUUCCAGAAUGGCCUUUCUCACUAUUCCAGGAAACGCACAGGUGGGCACUUGGACUUACAGCCUUCAAGCCAAGGAAAUUUCAGAAACACUGACUAUUACAGUAACAUCUCGGGCAGCAAAUUCUGCUGUGCCUCCAAUCAUGGUGAAUGCUAAAAUGAAUAAAGAUACAAACAGCUUCCCCAGCCCCAUGAUUGUUUAUGCAGAAGUUAAACAAGGAUUUGUACCCAUUCUUGGAGCUAAUGUGACCGCUAUCAUUGAAUCAAAAAGUGGAAACACGAAAGUUCUGGACCUUUUAGAUAAUGGCGCAGGUGCUGAUUUGUUCAAAGAUGACGGGGUCUACUCCAGAUAUUUUAUAGAUUUUUCAGAAAAUGGCAGAUACAGCUUAAAAGUACAGGCUCAUGGAGGAACAAACUCUGCCAGACAAAGCUUACAGCAUCCACUGAAUAGAGCUGCAUAUAUACCAGGCUGGGUAGUGAAUGGUGAUAUUCAAGGAAACCCACCAAGACCUGAAACUGAGGAUACCCAGGGAAUCUUAGAGAAUUUCAGCAGAACAGCAUCUGGAGGUGCAUUUAUGGUAUCAGGAUUUCCAAGUACUUCCUUCACUGACCCGUACCCACCAAGUCAAAUCACGGACCUGGAUGCUGUACCUGAAGGAGAAGAGAUCACUCUCACAUGGACUGCACCAGGAGAGAAUUUUGACGUUGGAAAAGUUCAACGAUACAUCAUAAGGAUAAGUGGAAACAUGAUUGACCUAAGAGAUAAUUUUGAAGAUGCUCUUCAAGUUAACACUACUGACCUGUUACCAAAGGAGGCCAACUCCAAGGAAGCCUUUACAUUUAAACCAGGAAAUAUCCCAGAGGAAAAUGCAACCCACAUAUUCAUUGCCAUUCAAAGUGUAGACCAAAGCAAUUUGACAUCAGAAGUGUCCAACAUUGCACAAGUGGCUUUGUUUAUUCCUCAAGCAGAUCCUAGUCCUGAUGAAAGUCAUCCUAACCCUAGUCCUAAUAAAAAUUAUAAUUCUGGAGUUAAUAUUUCUAUUCUUGUCUUAUCAGUAGUGGGGUCUGUUAUAGUUGUUAGUAUUAUUUUAAGCACCACUAUUUGUAUUUUAAAAAAGAAAAACUCUUCAGGCAGACCUAGAACAGGGUUUUAA